AUGCUUACAUUUCAUCGUAUCUUGACUGAUUCAGUUCAUACCAAUUUUGGUAAGAUUAUUUGUACUGUUUGGGACACAGCUGGUCAAGAAAAAUUUGACGCCUGUAAACCACGUUUAAUACUUCUUCGUAUUGCUAUAAUUUUAUGUUAUAUUAUGAUCAUAUUAUGUAUACUAUUAAUUGUUUAUGAUAUUCUUGUUCUUAUUGAUCCUACUCGAUGUUUCUUUUUAAACUGUGGUAACGCUCAAGUUAUAUACCAAGUUAAUUCAACAUAUAAUGCAACAAUAACCGGUUGGCCACUUUAUAUAUCAUGGCCCAGUUACUUUCAAACUAAUAUGACUGCUAAAAGAAUUUUUCAAAGUAUACAAAUGCUUUGUGCUGCAUUAUUUAUUUUAUUUUGUUCAUUAUAUAUAUUAACUUAUAUUAUUUAUCGAAGAAUUAAUAUCGAUCAAGGAACUAUUUAUAAAUCUGAUCAACAUACAUUUGUAAGACAUGAAGCAGUUACAAGUCCAAUAAAACGUUCAAAUAGCAUAGUUCAAUCAUUUUCACAAUAUAAUCUUAACCGUCUAGUAACAGUAUAUACUAUUGAAGGUCAUCCAUCGACAUCCGCUAAUUAUAGUAGUUCUCCAGCACCACCAAUUGUGAAUACAAUAACCCCGCAAAAAGCUCAACGGAAAACUGUUGUACGUCCAAGAACUAGUUCAGAAAAUUAUGAUCGUAUAUGCACACGUUGUCUGAAAGAACCACGAGUGAUCUUAACAACAAAUUAUCAAAGACAAGAUUUCUUUUCACAUUUAUGUAUUAAUUGUAAUAAUGAACUUUUAAGUCACCAUAAAAAACCACCACUUGUUCAAUCACCAAAUAAUCGUACGUGGCAACCCUAG